AUGGAUGAUCCCAGUGGCAGGAGGGGGGCUGUGUCGCCACACAGACGGGUUUCUGUGGAUGAUUCUAGUGGCACUCUGAGUGGUGUGAGUGGGUCUGGACGAAGAAUGAUUCCUCAGAGCAUGAGUGCUUCACAUGCCUCUGCUGCUGCUGCUGCUGCCGCUGCUGCCGCUGCUGCUGCUGCUGCUGUUGGUGCUGUUGGUGCGGUUGGUGCUGUUGGUGCGGUUGGUGCUGUUGGUGCGGUUGGUGCGGUUGAGGGGAGCGAUGGCAGGGGCAGCAGCAGAGGGGUAUCGCCGGUUAAGAGCAGUGGUAGUAGAACCAGGAGUGUGUCUCCUGUUUACUUCAAGCGGCUGCGGUGGAAAGGGAUUGGGAGGAGUGCAGGGAAGGAGGAGGAGGAGGAGGAGGAGGAGGAGGAGGAGGAGGAGGAGGAGGAGGAGGAGGAGGAGGAGGAGGAGGAGGAGGAGGAGGAGGAGGAGGAGGAGGAGGAGGAGGAGGAGGAGGAGGAGGAGGAGGAGGAGGAGGAGGAGGAGGGAAGGCGUGCGGGUGGAGGGGAAGGUGGGGAAUGGAGGGAGGAGGAGGAGGUGGAGGAGGAGGAAUUGGAGGAGGGGGGUGCUGCAUCUGGCAAGAAGACGGGUGGUGCGUCGAAGAAGGGUGGUGAGUCGAAGAAGGGUGGUGAGUCGAACAAGGGUGGUGAGUCGAAGAAGGGUGGGUUUGGCAAGAUUCUGAAGGGGCUUGAUUCAUCAAUGGGGAAAUUGAUCAAGGCAGCUGGAGGGAAGAAGGGUAAAGACCAUGGUUCCACCUCUCCUGCUCCUGCUGCUGCCCCUGCUGCUGCUUCUGCUGUUGGUGCUGUUUCUGCUGAGUCUGCCGGAGAAGCAGCAGGAAAGGCUAAGCGAACAAUGAGCAAGAAGGGGAAAGAGGUGGGCAAGGGGAAGGGGGGAGGGAUGGAGGCUAGAAGUGAUGUGCUGGUGAAGAGUGGCAGUGUGGGCCAGGAGCAGCGAGAGGAGACGAGGAUGGGAAGGACGAUGAGUAAGGUGAAGAGAGGAGGGAAGGAAGAUUGCGGGGAGAAGAGUCGAGAUGUAAAUUUAGGUGUAGUGGCAGGGAAAGGGGAAGAAAAAGAAAGGAAGGCAGGAAGGACGCUCAGUAAAGUGGAGAGAAAGGGGAAAGAAGGAAAGGAUGGGGGAGAAUCCGAGGGAGGGGAUUAUGAGAGGAAGGCGAGCAGAACACUGAGCAGGAAGAAGAGAGAAGGAAAGGGGGUAGAGGAGGAUGACGAGGGGAAGGCGAGGAUAGUGAAAGGAGAGGGGAUGGAAUCAGAGGACGAUGGGGAUAGGAAGAUGAGGAGGACGAUGAGUAAGAAGAAGAAAGGGGAAGAGGGGGAGAAGAUGGAGAAAGGGGAAGAAGAGGAUUCGGAGAGAAGAAUGAGCAGGACAAUGAGUAAGAAAAAGAGACGGGACGAGGGGGAGAAGAUGGAGAAAAGGGAGGAGGACAGGGGAGAGAGCAAGCUGAAAAGGCCUUCAAGCAAGUCAAGGAGGGAGAAACUGGAGAAGGGAGGGGAUUCAGGGGCAGAGGAGGAAGCAAGAGGGCAUGGGGCUAAGGAAGAGAAGAUGAUGAAUAGGACGCUGAGUAGGAAGCAGAGGGAGGGGAAAGAUGCGCAGGAGAGAGGAGGAGGAGAAGGGAACGGAGAUGAUGAGAAGAAAGCGACCAGGACGCUCAGUAGAGUCAAGCGAGAGGAGAAAGGGGGGGAGGAUUAUGGCGAGAGGAAAGCAAGCAGGACGUUGAGUAAAGUGAAGAGAGGGGAGCAGGAAAGUGAAGGGGUUGAGGAGAAGAGGGCGGGUAGAACGUUAAGUAGAGUGAAGCGAGAGGAGAAGGAGGCUGAGGAGGUUGGGGAGAGGAAAGCAAGCAGGACGCUAAGCAAGGUGAAGAGAGGAGAGAAGGAGAGCGAGGAGGUUGAGGAGCAAAAGGCAAGCAGGACGUUAAGCAAAGUGAAGAGGGAAGGUGGGCACGGGGAUGGGGGUGGGGGAGAGAAGAAGGCCAGUCGAACCCUAAGCAGGGUGAAGAGAGAAGGAAACGAAGCUGGAGGUGGUGAUAGUGCAGACAGCAGCGCGCACAGAGCCACUCGCAGCAGCAGCCACGGGCACGAGUCCUCUCACAGGCGAGCCACCUCGCAUGGGAGCAUCACGGGGCGGGAGAGCUUUCACAGCCAUGAGAGUUCGAUGAGCUCUGGCAGCAAGGGGGGCAAGGAGAGUGAGAGAGGGGCGGUGGAUGGGAGAAAGGCUGCUCGCACGGUGAGCAGACAUAGGGAUGAUGGGGCAGAGAGGGGUGACGCAGGGAACGGGAAGUACGGCGGUGGAAUUGGAGAAGAGGAUCAAGAGGGGAGGCUUUCGAGGCCAAGAACAGCUGAUAGUGGCGGAGUGGGUGGGGGAUGGGUGCAGCUGGGUUUGCCAAAGCACGGAGUGGUAACGAUGGGUCUGCAGGAGCAGCUGUCGCCUUUUGAGGCCCCGCCGACGCCUCAGAAACCGCCCGUUUCUCCGGUUUCGGGUGGCAUCUGGAAGGCGAUUUCGUCUUUUGCCACGUCGCCGCACGCCAGCUCAUCGCAUGCCAUGUCAAGUGCCACGUCACCGCUGAUGUCACCGUCUGCCACACCUCCUCUGGGUUCCCCCACCCGUGCCAAGUCACCCACAUUGAAGUCACCCACGUUGAAGUCACCUAGGAUGAAAAUUCCCUUCAUGGAGUCUGGUAAGGCUGACGCCGCGCACGCAUCGCCGUGGGAGGCGCGUCGGCGGAACAUCACGUUUUUCACGUCCGAAGGGGUGUUUCAAAUCCACGAGCUCGCUCAUCAAGCUCCCACCCCUCUACGAAUCCCCUUCACCCAUCUACCACCAGACGCGGAAACAUCACCGUGGGAGCCUCGUCGAAACAGCAUCACGUUCUUCACCUCCGAAGGAGUGUUUCAGAUCCACGAGGUCGCGCACGUGCCCGUCUCCGCUGCACCACCAUCAGCCCUAUCAUCGUCAGUACCAUCAUCGGCAGCGGUGUCGCACCGCUUCUCGGAGCGGCGAUACAUGGAUCCGCAGCAGGGCCUGUGCCUCGCGUCGCUCUUCGACAUCCGCGCCUUCAACGUGAGUGCACGUGAGGGGAUGCUGUUUUGUUCGUUGGAUGGGGGAAGGAGGGGAAGUCAAGGGUGGACCAUGGAUCCGCAGCAGGGCGUUUUUAAUGGUCUUGAUGCAUCGCGUCUCUUCUGUGUGGUGGGCUUCUGCCGCUCGCCUGAGAUGCUUUCUGACGUUGUAGCCGACACUGUUCUCAUGGCUGGUGGGGAGGUGGUGGACUCUAACCUGGAGAUGGGGCAGGGUCUGCACGAGCACCUGCGCCUCACCGUCGCCCUUCCCUAUCUAUUCGGCGUGCCGCCCGCUUUGGACGCGCUCAACCGGGCUAUCAGAUUGGGCGGAGGGAUUGUGGACAAGAGCUUCCACCGAUGGGAGAUGUGCCCGUAG